AUGCUGCCCCCUAAUGGCAAUCCUCACGACUACCUCAGCUGGGCUCCGUAUCACUGGCCAGAUUGCAACUGGUGUAAUGCUAAGCAAGCUCGAGAGGAAUACCUGCGCAAUGCUUGGACGACGUGCCCUUACGCUGUCAGGGAUGGCAAGGUAAAUCCAGACGUACUGACGCUGACUGGCUCAAAGUCAAUGGUACACAUGUCUCAGUCCGUCCUGUACAACGCCAUAUCCUACGUCAUUCAGGGUGGCCAGUCGUUCUCCCAGCAAGCGUCUAGCUUUCUGGAUACGUUCUUUCUUGAACCUGCGACUUCCAUUAAUCCCAACGUCAACUUCGGACAACUGGUACGAGGCCCGGGGCCCAAAGGACGAAUCGGAACCUUUACAGGUAUCCUCGACUUGCGGGGCAUGGUCAAGGUAGUGAAUGCAAUUGCGAUGUUGAUGUACGCAAAGAGCCCCCACUGGACCGACCAAAAGCAUGCAGCCAUGCGGAAUUGGAUGGGGCAGUACCGAAGUUGGCUGGAAACUAGCAGUCUUGGAAAGGAGGUAGCUAGCAAGCCAAAUAAUCAUGCUAGUUUCUACAUAAGUCAGCUUGCGGUAACCAACAUCUACGUCGGGGAUCUCCAGAGGGCACAGGGUGUACUGCAAAAGUACUUCAACUCGACAUUCUCGGACCAAAUAGCAAUAUCCGGCGAGCAACCAUUUGAGGCCGUCCGCACGCGUCCGUUUCAUUAUCGAUGUUUCAAUCUGGAAGCAAUGAUAACAAACGCAAAACUAGGAGACGAGCUGGGGAUGAACUUCUGGAAAGCCAAGUCGAAGUACGGUGCUACCAUCCAAACAGCGGUGGACUACGCCAUGGCUCAGAAUCCCAAAGACGAGGACGUCACUGAGUUGGCGCCACAUGUUGCAGCUGUCGCAGCAGCAUACGGAGACCCGUCAGGAAAAUAUGCAGCCUUUCUUCGCAGGAUUGUACCGGACUAUCAGGGCCAACCAUUCUGGUAUUACGACCAGGCCCAAGCACUCCCGAACUCGCCUGGCGCACGAUCCUCCAACCCCUCGGCAGGUGACUCAUCUGGCGGGUCGCCUGUUUCAUUUCAGUGUCCGGCUGUGUUUGACCUGGGAGAGGAUGUCGAGAUCGACGACGGAGUGUUCGUUACUUGUGAUCAACUCCGACCAUUCUAUGAGCUGCCUCCCGUCGGCGCGUAA